GCCCGGGGCAGGGCUGGUGGGCGACUCUGAGGAGGAGGAGGAGGAUGGCGGCAGCAGCGGGGGACGGGGCCCGGCGGGAGCUGCGUGUGCUUCUGGUGCCCCGCUCGGGGGAGCCGCGGGGAUGCCUGCGGGACGCGGCGCGGGUGCGRCUGAACAGAGCCCAGGACGCUCUGGGCACCCUCCUGCUCCCCGGCGGGAUCUACCUGGAGUCGCUGUGGCCGGGCGGGGCCGGGCGGGCCCGGGGCAGCGUCCUGCCGGGAGCCUGGGCUGACUUCCUCUGGGACAGCACAGAAGAUGAUGGUUUGCACCCAAACAAGACAAAACUCCUGGCUCUUGGGCAAAGKCAUGAGCUGUUUGUCUAUGAAUUCAGCGUGGAAGAUGGAAAACACAACCCCAAUUCCCUGCACAGCUKUAAGGAAGAGACACUUAAAAUGCUGCUUGAGGCUAAAAACAUACGUCUGCCUUCAGUUUUCUCUGUGAAGCUUCUGUCUUUUCGAAACAGCAAGUGCAGACUUCUGCUCAACCAGUUUAUCCUUGUGCACCUGACCUUUCCUGGGAAAGACUCACCCCCAGAGAUGUGUGACUGCUUCACCCUGGAUCUGCCUCCCGRAGCUGUGGGGAGAAUAACAGAUUCCCAGUUCUGCAGGGGAAUCCUGUUCCUGCUGGACAGUGCUGGCUGGAUUUACAUUUUUGACUGCUCUGAUGGUGCCACCUUAGGGAAGGUCAGUGUGGCCCUGGGAGCAGGGCAGGGCAAGGGCCCAGCCCCUGUGUCCCCCCUGGCUGCCCUGGCAGUGUCCCCUGACCUCAGYGUGGCCGUGGUGACCAACAGCUGCCACCGUGCCCUCGCCGUGCAGCUCAACACCUACUUCAGACAGUUUCCUGAGCAUUUGUUCUGUAAGAGAGAUCCUGAAAAUCUUCCAGUGAAGCCUCCUGAGGGAGUGGAUGAGGAUGACCUGGCCAGUUCUGACCACAGCAUGGAGCUGCUGCAGUCACCUUUCCGCACAGACAGGUCCUGGAAGGCUCAYUUGUCCUCCCUGUGGGACAGAGUAAGGAGAAGAAGAACACCAGCUUCUCCAGAUUUGGUGAACGACUUGAAUUUGCCUUGGUAUCAGUUUCUUACCCAUCUGGAAGACCACGAUCCUGAAAUCUGUGAGGAUCCAGAGUCGCUGGUGGCCUUUGUUCCCCGGGCUGCUACRUGGGCAGCUUCCCGAGCACUGCAAAGGCAGGGUACAGCCCGAGGGGAUGCAGGACAGCAGUGGGCACAAAUCCCCGUGGGAGCACCAGGACAGAUGGUGAAAAUGGAAUGUAAACUGGUGACUGGAGCUAAAGCUGUGUUCGAGGUGCUGGCUCARGACACGGGGCUGUCUCUGGCUCUCUGGGAUUUUGAGUCCCAGGACGUGACGUGUUCCCACUUCGGCAGAGGCAGCGUUUAUGUGGAGUGCAGUGCAGAGCUGCCACUAUGUCUGCUGCUGACAGAGCGGGGUCUGUCCCUGGUCCUGUUUGRUUUAAGUCAGGAGGAGUUCCUGACCAGGCUGAUGAUGUUUGGCAGCGCCGGAGUCGUGGAUUCCGUGUGCCACCUCAAUGGYUGGGAGAGGUGCUCCAUCCCCAUCCACGCCCUCGAGGCAGGUUUGGAAAAUCGCCAGCUGGAYACAGUGGACUUGUUUUUAAAAAGCAAAGAAAGUGUUUUCAGUCUCUCUGCCCCCUGCCCUGGGCCUGAGCACGCUGGGGAUGGUGCCUCCCACACUUACCUGAGCAAUCUGGAGGAGCUCAGGCCAGCUUUGAACUUGCUCUGCUCAGCAAUCCAGGACAAUGAUAUGGAACCUCACAGCAAACACUUCUCUGAGCAGCUCCUGAACCUCACCCUGACUUUCCUGACCAAGCAGCUGGAGGAAAUCUUUGUGCACACAGAGGAACCKGAUGAAUUCCUGCAGAAGUCUGCAGAUAUUUUAACUGAUUACAUUAUUAAACUGAGAAAAUUCCUGAGGAAAUAUCCUCGACCACAAAUGACUCCAGGACACACAGAAGCUGACCUGGAUGAAGACCUGCCUGAGAUAGAAGAGAGCCAAGAGUGGGAAAAACUGACACCAGAGGAAGUCAUUGCUGAGGCCAUCCUAAACAACAAAAUACCCGAGGCCCAGAUCUUCUUCCGAAGGCAGCACCAUCCUGCUGAGAGUCUGCAGGAGUUCAUCCAGACAGGUCUGAACCUGGUCUAUGACUGUCUGCUGAAGGACAACACCAGGGAGGCCUCUGAGCUGCUCAGAAAUAUGGGCUUCGAUGURAAGCAGGAAUUGCACAAGAUCUGCUUUCACACUGAGGACAGACACGUUCGAGAUCUCCUGGUGAAACUGUUACGAGAAGAAAAUUAUUUUUCUGAAAAAGAGAAGAAAAUGAUAGACUUUGUGCAUCGGGUUGAAAGCCUUUACUCGGAAUCCUUCCAGGAAAAUAAAGAGACUCAGUCUCUUUCCAGUUUUGGCAGCUGGAGGAGGCAGCAGCAGCUGCAGCAGCACCGGGUGGCUCUGGGCUCASGGCCGGGCUGGCCCGGGGCUCUCRCUGCCGGCUCCAGGCUCCGCGUGGUGCUGGACUGGGCACGCUGGUGGGAYGAGCUGACACAGGAGAUGAUCCUGCUCCCCAGGACACCACGCCAAGAACUCAAGAGCUGCAGCCCUGAGGCUCUCUGGAUGCACUUGACAGCSCAGCACGACUGGUGCAGUGUUUGUUCCUGGAUCGAGGAGGCAGAGCCCAGCCAGGCUCCCUGUGCCCAAACUGCCUGGCCCCCACUGAGUCCUGACCUGGUGGACAGGAGCACUCUGUGCAGCACCUACAUGAGACAGGACAUCCUGACCAAGCUGGCCAGAAAGGGAAUUUUUGUCCUUUCUGAGCUGGAAGAUUUUGAGCUCCUGCUSCAGAGAUUGUCGUGCCUUGGGGGAGUCCUGCAGAAUCCUCACCCUGUUCCAAAGUACAGCACUGCCASUGGCCUGGACUUCCAUUCUCGGUUUGUCCUGCACUGCUUAGAGCACAGCCUGCAGUACCUGCUCUACACUUAUCUGGACUAUUACAGUUUAACCCCUUCAAACUGCCCUAUUCUGGAUAAGAAGGACUUGCACGAAGCACACCCCUGGUUUGAGUUCCUUGUGCAGUGUCGAGGGGUUGCCAGCAAUCCCCGAGAUCCCAAGAUGAUUUUCCAGGCGAGUCUGGCCAAUGCCCAGAUGCUGAUUCCCAGCAGCCAGGGGGGUGUGAGCAGCAUCCUGCUGGAGGGCAGGACCCUGYUGGCCCUGGCCACCACGGUGUAUGGGCCUGGAGGCAUUGACCAGGUCCUUCAGAAUGAAGAUACAGAAAAACCUCUGAAGAAAGUUGAUCCACAGCUCUUAAAAAUGGCCUUGACCCCUUACCCCAAGCUCAARGCUGCUCUCUUCCCCUCCUGUACUGCUCAUGGAAUUUUGCCUCCUGACAUCUCUCUCUACCAUCUCCUGCAGUCAUUAAUGCCCUUUGAUCCCACAAAAUUAUUUGGCUGGCAGUCAACAAACACCCUUGCAGUGUCAGAUGCCUGGAGCGAGCUKCCUCACUUCUCAUGUCCCGAGCUGGUGGGCAGGCACGCCGUCCUGGAGAGAUUGGAUUUCCUCUACUACCUGCGCCACGGCCGGCCCGCCUUCGCCUUCGGAACCUUCCUGGUGCAGCAGCUGCUCAGGAGCAAAACCCCAAGGCAGCUGAUCCAGCAGGCAGGGCAGCAGGCACAGAUUUUGGCUCUGUCUUCCCUCGGUGUCCCCGCCGUGGCUGCAGCCUGUGUUUGCUUCCUGGAGCUGCUGGGGCUCGACAGCCUCCGGCUGCGCGUGGACCUGAGAGCUGCCAGGAUGAUUUUCAGCCACAGGACCAGGAGUGAGGACUCUGCUCACAGCCACAUCAGAGACUCUUUGGCUGAGAAGUUCACAAAGGUGGCUGAGGGUGAAAGAGCAGCAGCAGCAGCAGUUCUUACCUCCUUGGAAGAAGCCUUCUGGGAUUCAAUUGAACACCAAGGAAUAAAGAGGACAUCCAGUGACUCCAGAAGGCAGUGGUCUUUGGUCAUGCAGUUCUGCAAACUCCAUAACCUGGAACUGAGCACAUCCUUCCUGAGGGAAUGUGCCAAAUCCAACGAGUGGCUGCAGUUCCUSAUCCAGAGCCAGCUCCACAGCCACCAGCCAGCCCAGGUCGUUCCCCUCGUGCAGGAGUUCCCWGCUGCAGUUCGGGAUCAUCUGGUGCUGGCCCUGGGGAGGUUCCUGAGUCCUGAGCCUGGCACUGCCCGUGACAGCCGAGCACAGAGCCUGUUCCAGAUCCUCCUGCAGUGCCAGCAGAGCUCCAGCCCCUCCUGCUACCUCCUGGCUGAGGGGCUCAGGGAGCACAGCCCCAUCCUCAGCGUGCUGGCAGCCUGCUUCCCCGAUGCAGAUGUCAUCCCCUGCCUCUGUGUUUGGAUUGUCACCUCUGUGGAUGAGGCCACCAGGGCUGAGGCAACCACRCACAUCCAGGGCUGGGCAGGGAGUCACCCGUGGGACCUGCAGGACCUCRCCCUCAUCUGGAAAGUCUUCUUAAGGAAGCAAAGAAGUAAAACUCUUCUGCAUGGCUUCCAGCUCUUUUUAAAGGAUUCCCCUCUGCUGCACAUCCUGGAGAUGUAUGAACUGUGUAUGAACUGCAAAAAGUACAACGAAGCUAAAACCAAACUGGACAAAUUUCAGGAAAGCCUCACAGAACUGAGAGCUGCAGGAGGGGCAGCAGCCCCCACGCUGCCGCUGCCGUGGUUGGAGGCGCAGGCGCUGUUCCUCCUGGAGCUGAUGCCGCAGCAGAGCCGCACGGAGUUCGAGCUGGGAAAGCUCCUACAGCUCCUGGCUGCAGCAGAGAACCUCCUGCUGGAUGGCCCGUAUGUGAAGAAGCUCUGUGCGCUCAGUGAAUCCCUGAGGGGCUCCUCCAUACCAAUCACCCGCUCCAUCCUGAGCUCCUGCAGCCUGGAGACAUUCCAGGGGGAGUGCAGGUCCAUUCUGGAGCAGCUGCAGGAGAAAGGGAUGUUCAGCCAGGCUCGGGAGGUGGCAGCGCUGGCCGAGCUGCCCAUGGAUGGGGUUGUCACACACGAGGUUCUGAGAGAUCUGCAACAUUUAAGAGACUCUGGACAGUGGCAUCAAACCCAGACAAGAGCUGAGUUCUGGAAGAAGUGCAACGACACCUUCACUAAACAUUCUCUCUCCAGCCGAGCUGCUGCAGGUUUCUUCCUCGAUCAGGCCAACCACGUGUUGGAAUCCUCGGGGCAGGAGAAGRCAACUGGAAUUAUGGAGAGACAUCUGCUGCUCACCCUGGCCGGGCACUGGCUGGCCCAGGACGCCGAGGUGGCCGUGCAGGAGCUGGAGGAGGUGGAGAAGCAGCUCUGGCUGUGCCGCAUCGCCCAGCGGGUGCUGGUGGCCGAGGGUGCGGGGCAGUGCCCGUGUCCCCGCCCCGCCGGGGUGCCCGGGGCCCCGUCCUUCACCAGCCUGGCCCAGCAGUUCUCCUUCUCCCAGCUGCCGGCCCUGAGCGCCGCCGGGCUCUGUGGGCUGGAGGCGUUGACUCCCGGGGAGCCCCCGCCGGCGCUGGGGGACGCGGAGCGGGCGGCGCUGGGGACGCUGCUGGGGACCCUGCUGGACGAGGGCAGCGUGUCCGAGGCCACCCGCGUGUGCCGCUACUUCCAGCUGUGGCACCGGGACCUGGCGCUGGUGCUGCAGUGCCGGGCACUGGCCUCGGGGGAGGCCGGGCUGCAGCAACUGCGGCCGGAGCUGCGGGCACUGCUGGCGGCCGGACAGGACACGGCUCCGGGCAGCACAGCAGCGGCCGGACAGGGAAUGGCCCCGGGCACAUCCAGCUUGGAGGAUUGGACCCCUCUGGGGGCUCCGUGUGGGGAUGAUCCGGUGGUGGCGGCGCUGAAGGCUCUGACAGAGGAAUGUGUCCAUGGCAGGGGCUACUGCAGGCAGGUCCUGUGCCUCUACGAGCUCUCCAAGGAGCUGGGCUGCUCCUUUGCCGAGGUGUCGGCGCGGGAGCCGCAGGAGGUGCUGGCGGCCAUCCUGUCCCGCCGGGGGCCGGAGCGCGGCCGCAGRGCCCAGGCCUUCAUCGCCUGCCAGGGGCUGCCGCCCGCGGCCGUGGCACCGCUCCUGGCACAGCACAUCGCCCACGAGCUGCUGCUGGCCUCGGCUCCGGGAAAAGGACAGAAGCAGGCUUGGAAUCCUGCAGUGGAGAGCCAGGAAUUCCUGCAGCUSGCCAAGCUGUGCCAGGAUCACACCUUGGUUGGGAUGAAGUUACUGGAUAAAAUCUCCUCUGUCCCCCGUGGGGAGCUGUCGUGCAUUACAGAGCUGCUGAUCCUGGCUCACAGCUGCUUCAGCCUGACGUGCCACAUGGAGGGGAUCACACGAGUGCUGCAGGCAGCUCGGCUGCUCACUGAGGAGCACCUGGCCCCCAAGGAGGAGUACGGGCUGGUGGUGCGGCUGCUCACGGGCAUCGGCAGGUACAACGAGAUGACCUACAUCUUYGAGCUGCUGCACCAGAAGCACUACUUCGAGGUGCUCAUGAGGAAGAAGCUGGACCCGAGCGGGACGCUGAAGGCAGCACUGCUGGACUACACCAAGCGCUGCCGGCCCGGUGACAGCGAGAAGCACAACAUGAUCGCGCUGUGCUUCAGCAUGUGCCGCGAGAUCGGCCAGAACCACGAGGCUGCUGCCUGCACCCAGCUCAAACUCAUCGAGUGCCGGCCCUGGGAGGAGUCUCUUCAGGAUGUUGCAAAUUURAAGAAGCUGCUGCUGAAAGCUCUGACUCUCUUCAUUGAUGCAGCAGAAAGUUACUCCAAGGACUCGUGUGUGCGGCAGGCGCUGCGCUGCCGCCGCCUGACGCGGCUCAUCACGCUGCAGCUGCACUUCCUGGGCUCGGGGCAGAGCACGAGGAUCAUCAGCCUGAGCAGGCAGGAGCUGCCUGCUGCCAUCCUGGCCUUGCCCAGGUUCUACCAGGCAGCCAUCGUGGCUGAGGCCUACGAGUUCCUGCCAGACUGGGCCGAGGUUCUGUUCCAGCAGGUGAUCACCAGGGGUGACUUCGUGUACCUGGAGGAGUUCAAGCAGCAGCGGCCCCUGCGGCCUGGCCUGUUUGAGGAGGUGGCCAAGAAGGUCAAACAACAUCCCUCUGCUGAUGCUGCCCUGAGGAACCUGAAGCGGUUCCUCAGCCACUGCGAGGACAUUUACACYUACUACAGGCUGGCCUAUGACCACAAGUUCUAUGAUGUGGUGAACUCCCUGCUGAAGGACCCUCAGACUGGCUGCUGCCUCAAUGACCUCUUAUCCAACUAAAUUCCAGCUGAAUUCCAGCCCCAGAGCACAGACUGCAGGAUCAGUGCUGAUUAACACAGAUUUUAUCAAUGACCUGCUCACAGGGCUCUGCUGCUCUGUAAAAAUAACUCCAGAAAACUGGACAGCGAUGUAAGUAUUUAGAAUGUUAUGACUGUGUUAACCUAAAACAGUGUUUUGUAUAAUAAAUCUUAUGUUUAUAAAUAAUUUGAGUCACCAGCAAAUACUAUCUGGCCCAGGUGGGGAUGAAGCAGAGAUCCAGCAGCCCUUUAAAUUAGUGGCAUGAGGGAGGGAGCACCCCAGAAACUCUUUCCAAACAGGCUGAAACUGGUGUGCAGAAUAUCAGGACAAGGGGGUGGAAUAAGCAGAUUCAGUGAAGGUUUCAGGUACACAGUAGCAUAAAGUGUUCUUUGAGUCCAGUCUGAUUUCCAAAGUCUUGYACAGCUCUAAACAGCACAUUCCUAAUUCUGCUGUCUUGGAGUAAAAGAAACAAUCAAGUGCAAAUGUAUUUUUACAGUUAUUAAAUAUAAAUUCCUUUCCAGGCCCAAGCCACAGGUACYCCCCCAGCACAGCUCUUCAGGUAUUUUUCCUGUCAGGCUCCAAAGAACUGCUCCAAGGCCAGCCUGGUGAAGUCCUCAAUAGUGAUUUUUAUUAAAUUAGUUGCUUUAUAAAACAUUGCAGAUGUUGUAAUUGUUAACAUAACAAUUUGCCCAACUGUAGGAACUGCUGCAGUUUGCUAAGCAAGUUUGGUUUUUAAUGAAAGGAAACGGCCGAGUCAUGAAAGACCCACCACAACCCAGGAGAGCCCCAAGGAAGUUGUGUGGUUUGGUUUUUUCUUUUUUUUUACACUUAGCCCAUUAAUUAACUGUUAAAGAACACCCAACCCAGACAGUUGCAUUAGUAGAAAUUUAAACUAAUGGAACGAAACUUCAUCCUCGAGACACAAGUGGGUUUUGCCUUGCCCCACCAGGUGCUGUUGAGGUGUCARGCUGUGGAGCAGUGGCUGUCCCAGGGGACCCACUCCCAGGUGCAGUAUUCCACACUGAAGGUAGCAGUUCCCUUCCCAAAAUACUGAAAUCCUCAAGCUCUAACAAGACAAAGCAACUGGAACUCUAUGUGCACACCCUGCCCUUGCUGCAAACUGCUCAUGCUCAGGCCUGGCCCUGGAGCAGGGACAGUUAAGGCCAUGUCAUGGAGCUGUGCUGGUUAGAAUCCUUCACCUUGUUCAAUUCCUUCCCAAUGUGGCAGCUGUCACCAUAAAGUUAAAUAGCAACAGUGCCUGUUACCAGAAUUUUGGGUUUUUAACUGCAAUUUACAGACCUUCUCCAUUCUGCCCCUGCCCGGAGCUUGCGCCCGGACCCRGCACCUCCAGCCCCCAGCACACAGAUACUGCAAUUCUGAUUGUAGCAUUUGGCAGAAUUUAAAGGAAGAAAAGUUGUGCUACAUGUUUAAGGGAUUAUGGGCAACAGAAAGACAAAAGAAGGGAGAUAAAUGUCACAUGAAGUCUUCAAAGUCUUGUACGUACUCGCCGUCAUAGCCGCCGUAAUCGGCCAGGUCGUCUUUCAUCGUCGCCUUCAGCCCCCCGCCAGGCACAACACCUUUUUUCUUCUUUUUGGCUUUAUUCUGUGGCAAGAGGAUGAGGAUGGUUACUGGGACAGGCCCAGAGCUCUGUCAUUACUCCAGCCCAGGGUCAGUGGGCAGUCACACCCCGCUGCACUGAUGGUUUCCACCACACACAUUUUCUCCUCCUAGGAAAGCUGUGCGCCCCGCUGCACUGAGGUUUCUACCACACACAUUUUCUCCUCCUAGGAAAGCUGUGCCAGUUCCAGGUGUUCCCAGCUCCCUGUACCAUAGGCCUGCCCUCUCCUGCCUUUCAUCCUAUUUCCCCUGGACUCUCAACAAGAAGCUAAUAAAUGUAGGGGAGCCCCGAGCAGGGGCUGUGAUCCCUGAGGGACAGCCCCAGUCUUACCUUCUCUUGUUUUUGUUUUUCACUGCAUAAUACUGUCAGAGUGUUUGUGAUCUUUUUCAAAUCAUCCACCUCCA